AUGAGUUUAACAUUCUUCCUCUGCUCAAGGACAGUUAUACAACGUUUCAAUGAGUUAAUCAAGACUGGAGGGGCUCUCAAAGAGUCCGAAGUCCAAGAGGUCUAUGACCAACUUCCCCCAGUGUCGCCCGAUGCUAUGAUUGGAAAGUGGAAGGGUGGAAGCUUCGACACUGGUCAUCCAACUCACAAGCAGCUCACUAACUUCAAAUGGGCUGGAAAGGACUUCCGUUCCGCGAAUGAUGUUGACCCUAUCAUGGGUUGGGAUGAGAAAGGAGGGCGGACUUGGUUCUCCGACUAUGGACAUGCAAGCCUCAGGGAAGUCAAAUUUCGAGGAGUUGUAUCCGCAGCUAUGAUUUACGAUAAAUUUCCUAUCAUUGACUCGUUCCGCCGCGUAUCAGAUGGAGUGGUGAUGGGUGCUAUGGACAACAAAGAUCUACCGGACGCCGGCACAUAUUAUUUCUAUCUCACAAAGUUUGAGUAA